AUGAAUCGGCUUCCGCGCUUGUUUCCGGCGAUCCGCACAUACAGCUCAAAAACCGAAGGCAAAAAGACCUGCCUCUACGAGCUCCACAAACAACAUGGAGGAAAUCUUGUCAACUUCGCUGGAUAUGAAAUGCCAGUUCAAUACACUGACUUAUCGAUCAAGGAUUCAACCCUCCAUACUCGAAAACACGUUUCAAUUUUUGAUGUUUCGCAUAUGUUGCAAACUCAUAUCACAGGAAAGGAUAGGGUUGCUUUCAUUGAGUCCUUGACCACGGCGGAUGUUGAAGGUCUGAAGCCUAACAGUGGAACCCUGUCAGUUUUUACAAAUGAGAAAGGAGGAAUCAAGGAUGACUUGAUUGUGACAAAGACGGAUCAAGAUUUUAUUUACAUGGUCACGAAUGCUGGUUGUAUUGACAAAGAUCUUCCAUAUUUACAGGAAAACGCUGCCUCUUGGCGAGCCAAAGGAAAAGACGUUCAAAUCAACACUUUGGAUGGACGUGGACUAAUUGCUCUACAAGGUCCUGAAAUGGCAGCCGUCCUAAAGGGCGAAACUAAUAUCAAUUUGGAUGAACUAACGUUUAUGACAACUUCAGUCGGAAAAGUUUUUGGUUUGGACAAUUGCCGCGUUACAAGAUGUGGGUACACUGGGGAAGACGGUGUUGAGAUCUCUGUUGAUGCUAAACAUGCGUCGGUUUUGGUGGAGCGCCUUCUAGCUUCAAAGGCUGGAAUGGUUCGGUUGGCCGGUCUUGGAGCUCGAGAUGCUCUACGCCUCGAAGCAGGGCUCUGUUUAUACGGAAACGACAUUGAUGAGAAUACGACUCCCAUUGAAGCUGGUUUAGCAUUCGUUAUCGCUAAACGACGUCGACAAACGCUUGGAUUCCCCGGAGCAGAAAUUAUUGUGGAACAAAUCGAAAAGAAAAAUUGGAAGAAAAGACGAGUUGGAUUAGUCAGCGAAGGAGGACGAGCUCCGAGAGGACAUAUUCCUCUUAAUGUUGCUUCACCAAUUGGGUCUGCCACAAUAGGAUUUGUGACAUCUGGAUGCCCAAGCCCUUGCUUAGGAAAAAAUGUUGCUAUGGCCUAUGUUGACACUCCUUAUUCCAAGGAUGGUACCGUUUUAGAAGUUGAUUUUGGGGCAAAACAAGCAAAGGUGACAGUACAAAAGAUGCCUUUCCUCAAAACGAAUUACUAUACGGGGAAGAAAAAC